UUCAACCGGGCCACACGCACAAGCCGGAGACCAUCCUUCGGGGUUUUAGGAGAAAGUUCGCGCGGUUUGAAUUCAACCGAAAAAUCAGUGACAUACCCCACCUGUGGUGGUAUUUUGAUUGUUGAUUUGUACCAUUAUCAGCGCGUCGCCAGCUCCUCGGGUAACUCCCCGGAUAGGGGUGGUCAGGGGUCAGUGUACCAUUCGGAAGCAUUGUGAAUGUGUUUUAUGCAGAAAAACGACUGCGAUGGCAAACGUGCCUGAGCUGCAUAUGUGACAUAUGUGUGGAAUCAAAGCUGUUACAGUCAUCAAUGCAGGAUGCUGUUGGGUCAUUCCAAAAUAAUAAAGGUGUGAAUCUCGUUAAUAUUCCGAUCGCGCGCGCGUUAUUACUUCAGUAAACAAACACCGCAUGCAGGCGGGAAUUAAAGAUCGAUUAGCGAGUGGAUAGUGCGCAAGGGAACGCAGUGAAGGCGGAGAAUCCGCCCGGUAAAUGGCCGUGACGAGUGAUCAAUAGGGUUGAGCAAAUACCGUAGGGAUUGUGGUGAUAGACAGCGGUGUUGGAUGCUUUGAAGGCAGUGUUUUUUGCCGGGGAAUAAGCGAGUAUGUGAGUUUGAAUUUCGAGUAACGUUCAUAAUUCAAACGAAAUGGAACGAUACUUCCUCUCGUGUGGAUAUUUUGCCGUUUCGCGAUAGAAGGUUGAUCAUUCCUUGAAAAGCAUUGUUUAGAUCCCAUAAAGAUGUCCAACGCGUCGGCCACUGGAGCAAAUUCAUUUAUUCGUAAUUAAGAUGGAAAACCGUUUUGGCGACAAAUGUGAACUGCAGAACAUUACAGCGACACAGCCAAUUGCUGGAUAUAGAUCUUCGGUGGAUCCCUCGCCACUGUCGAUGCUGCCAACGGUGACAACGAAAAUAUUGGACCAUUUGACAGACGCCUCUUCGCGCUCGCAGGUUCCCCUGCUGCCUCCGGGCGGUUCAUCUUUUGUCCCGAGCUAUACCGGCAACGGCAGUUCAACGAGUGUAAACAUUAGCGCUUUGUUCCCCUUCAACAGUUUUGUUGCAACCAACUUCAGUGACCCAGUGACCGUUCCAGGUACGGUGGCCGAGGAUCAUAAUCGGACAAAUGGAACACUCGGGAUCGGUAUCGGGCCUAUCGGGUGUGGUGUGGAUGCGAGCCUGGAUUUUGCUCCGCCGUUCGGCAGUGGAGACAGUGUUGGUACGGGCAUCGACCAAAAACUGGAAGUAUCGAAAGCGAUGGACGAUGGCGACCAUCAGCUGCUGAUUGCCAACUGGCACGACUGUGUUAUUGUGAUAAUGUUCUGCUUACUGAUCGUAGUGACUGUGAUCGGCAAUACGCUAGUGAUCUUAUCGGUGAUUACCACCCGGCGCCUGCGAACCGUCACCAACUGCUUCGUGAUGAGCCUGGCGGUGGCCGACUGGCUAGUGGGGAUCUUCGUGAUGCCCCCGGCCGUCGCGGUCCAUUUGCUGGGAACGUGGCCGCUCGGAUGGAUACUGUGUGAUAUAUGGAUCUCAUUAGAUGUUCUACUGUGUACGGCGUCAAUCCUUAGCUUAUGUGCAAUUAGUAUAGAUAGGUAUUUGGCGGUAACGCAACCGCUCAAUUAUUCCCGCAGAAGACGAUCGAAGCGGCUGGCCCUGCUGAUGAUAUUGGUCGUUUGGGUGCUUGCGCUGGCCAUUACUUGUCCGCCCAUACUCGGCUGGUACGAACCGGGCCGACGAGAACUUGACCAGUGUCGGUACAACCAGAACGAGGGCUACGUGGUCUUCUCGGCAAUGGGUUCUUUCUUCAUUCCGAUGGCGGUUAUGAUUUACGUGUACGUGAGGAUAUCCUGCGUCGUUGCAUCCCGCCAUGACAAGAUGACGGAAAUCGAGGUGCAUCAGGUUUCUGACACAUUCGGACAAAACUCAUCAAAUGGCAGAAAAUAUAGCAAAGUUUCGAAAUUACUCCACCGAUUCUUACAUAAUUCAAAAAGCCAUCGAACGCGUGAUGCUGAGGAGGAAUGUUACCAAUACGCCUCCGAGAACGAUCCGGCUCAGUUAAGCCCCAAGCGAAAGCGCUCCUCGUCCCAACUCUCGACCGCAACCGCCACCUAUGUGACUCAACUAGGGGGAUGUUCGUCAAGUGCUUCCGCUCCCGGCGGCACCGACUGCCCGAAGCAUACCAACAAAAAGAACUACAAGAAUGGGCACUACGAGCUUGUCGACAUCAAUUCAUCAGCGAAAACCACAGUCCCAAUCAUGGCCAGGAGUAAGAGCGGAGAUGGGGCGAUGGAACAUCAGCAACAGUCACCGGCGUCGAAACGUAACCCCACCAUACACUACAAGCUGGCCUCUUCGACGGAGCUCUGGUCGUCGGCUAAUAACGUUUUCAAUCAGGAGCCAAAGCCGCAAACAACAAAUCAAGCGGGCGGUCUGAGGCGUACCAAUACCAUUAGUAACUCAAUUACGACUACAACCACGACGGUGACUGCCGGACGCAAUAUGCGCAUCCACCAGAAGUCCCUCUCGUCACGGAUCCUGUCAAUGAAGCGCGAGAACAAAACGACCCAAACGCUCAGCAUCGUGGUCGGCGGGUUCAUCGCCUGCUGGCUGCCGUUCUUCAUCCUCUACCUCCUGACGCCGUUUCUGCCCAAAGAGCUGGCAGCACCGAAGCUGGGCGAAUUUUUCACCUGGCUCGGAUGGAUCAACAGCGCCAUCAAUCCGUUCAUCUAUGCGUUCUAUAGCGUCGAUUUCCGGGCGGCUUUCUGGCGCCUGACGCUGCGGCGAUUUUUCCGAAACAGCGAGAAAGCACCAUUCGCCAACCCACAUAAUAUGUCGAUGCGGCGAUAGGGAGGGAGGAAGGAAUUUUUACCGGGAAACUGUCUCAUCAUUUGUGCUAGCAAACUUCCAGCAGAAUUUGUACAGAUAGCAUGAAUUUCGCACAAUUGCACUUUUCGUUACUGUUAGUUGUUGUUGUUGCUGCUGUCGGCAGCCUCCGCGGACUGCGAAACGAUCGCAAGUUUUUUUCCACCACAAUUUUACUCUAGAUUCAGAGUGAGAGUGAUAGAGAAAGAAGAAUGAAAUCGAUGUUCAUAUAUUCGUCAAAAUGCUAUCUUGUUUCGAAUAGAACAUAAAAUGGAAACUUUUCGUAACCCUCUUGCUUUUGGAGAGUGGUAAUAUCACAUUCCUCAAGAAAAAUUAAAUUCUCCUAACUUGAAAACCUUACCAUUAAUUAUUUGUAUUUUUUUCGUGAACACCAUGUUACAAAAGUAACACUGUUAUUCGUAAUAUCUAAUCGGUACAUAACUGAA